UUCCUCAUGGCCCGAUGCUACACAGACUGCCUGGAACGACCUCUGCGCAUCUUCUUCUGUGCGUUGGGUCGUCUCAUCGGCAGCCAUCCCUGGUGGUUCCUCACAGCUCCUCUGAUGCUCUCAGCCGGGCUGGGGAGCAGGUUCUACCUCGUGCAGAACCGCUUGUCCAACGACAUAGAGGAGCAGUUCACCCCUGCGAGCGGAGCAGCCAAGACGGAGAGGAGGUACAUUCAAGACACCUUCCCAGAGGACAGAUCCAUGUUCUCCAGUCUGAGGCUGAGCACCGCUGGGACUUAUGGGACCUUCAUAGUCACCCAUGAAAGAGACAUCCUCACAGCAGAGUCCCUUCAGGAGAUCCUUGACCUGGAUGUACACGUGAGGAAUAUGUCGGUGGAGAUGGACAACCAAACAUUUCAAUAUGCAGAUCUGUGUGCUCAGGUGGCGAGGGGAGCCUGCUACUCCAAUGAUAUCCUGAAGAUCCUUAACUACAAUGCAAGGAAUUUGGAACUCAUCAAUUUAACGUUUCCGUGGUAUGACGGUCGUUUUGGGAGGGUACCGUUGUACACUAGUCUAGGGAGUGUCUCUUUGAACAAAGGGAACAGGGUUGUCCAAAGUGCUGAAGCCAUUCAGCUAAGUUAUUUUUUACUAGGGGAUAAUAAGAUGGUAUCGGAUCGUUGGCUGAAGGACUUCAUGGCUCUGAUGUCCAAUACGUCUAUGAAAAAGAUUAAGGUAUCACACACCACUUCCAUGUCAAUGCAGUGGGAAUUUGAAAAGACCCCCGCUUCAAUCGUCCAGCUGUUCUCCAUCACAUAUGCCAUUACUAUCUUAUUUACAGUCCUAUGUUGUUGGAGGUUGGACAACGUGCGGAGUAAGAUCUGGGUGGGAGGCGUUGGAGUUCUGUCCACCGGACUCGCUGUCCUGAGCAGUUUCGGCAUGUUGCUUUUCCUGGGCUGUCCUUUCGUCAUGACGGUGGCCUCCUGUCCCUUCAUGAUUCUGGGUAUCGGAAUCGACGACAUGUUUAUCAUGGUGUCCUGCUGGCAGAGGACGCGGGUAAUGGACAGCCCUCCCGACCGGCUGGCCAGUACGUACGGCAUGGCGGCCGUCUCCAUCACCAUCACCAGCCUGACGGACGCUCUGGCCUUCUUCAUGGGCUGCUGCUCGCCGCUGGGCUCGGUGCGCUUCUUCAGCCUCUACGCCGGGGCUGCUGUGGUGUUCUGCUACCUGUACAACAUCACGUUCCUGGGGGCAUUCCUGGCUCUGAAUGGCCAGAGGGAAGCUGAGAACAGGCACUGGUUGAUCUGCAGCAAGAUCCCCGAAGAACUUCCACCUGGGAGGUCAGGGGCAUUUGGCCUCUGCUGUGUUGGCGGGAGCUACGACCGGGCGACAGGUAAGGAGGCCGACCCAGUGAGCCGAUUCUUUGAGAAGUUCUACGGACCGUUUGUGACACAGGCGUGGACUAAAGGGUUGGUAUCCAUGGUUUAUGUUGGGUAUCUGGCUGGCGGUAUCUACGGCUGUUCCACACUGGAGGAGGGGCUUGAUGUCAGCCACCUGGCCUUGGAUGAUUCCUACAUCAUCCGCUACUACAACAACCAGAGACAGCACUUCUCAGAGUAUGGUCAGAAUGUAAUGGUGGCUGUGAAGCAGCCUUUCCCCUACUGGAGCCAAGAGGCACAAAAAAUGUUAUGUUUCGUUGAUUUUGAAAACUUGAGCUACGUCAACAGCACAUCGGCUUGGUUCCUGUCAUUUAAGCUGUACGCAAAUGAAACCAACCUCAACGUUAGUUCUAAAGAGGCGUUUCUAAGCCACUUGCCUAAUUUCCUCAAACUCAACCCCAUCUUCAGACAAGAUCUCAACUACAGCAUGGACGAGAUUCACGCCUCUCGUUUUUUUGUUCAGACCCUUAACAUAGCCACCAAGAAGGAGAUCUUGCUUGGUCUGAGGAGAGCAGCAGAACACUGCAUGGUGGAGCUCUUGGUCUACCACCCUGCGUUUAUUUACUAUGACCAAUACGCCAUCAUAACGGACCACACUGUGAAGACUGUUCUCGUGGCCGUGGCCAUGAUGCUGUUGGUCUCGCUCAUACUAAUACCGAACCCGGUAUGUUGCCUGUGGGUGGCCUUCGCCGUGUGCUCGGUCCUCGUCGGCGUGGCUGGGUUCAUGGCCCUGUGGGGCGUCAGCCUGGACUCCAUCUCCGCCAUCAACCUUGUCAUCUGCAUCGGCUUCUCUGUAGACUUCUCCACCCACAUCUCCUACUCCUUUGUCUGCAGCGCCAAAUGUGCUCCGAAUGAUAAGGCGGUGGAGGCCCUGGCCCAGUCGGGCGGUCUCGUGCUCCAGGGGGCCUUGUCCACCAUCCUGGGGGUGCUGGUGCUGUCCGCAUCUGGAAGCUACAUCUUCAGGACCUUCUUCAAGGUCAUGUUUCUGGUCAUUGUGUUUGGGCUGCUCCAUGGCCUGCUGUUCAUCCCUGUGUUUCUAACAUUUUUUACUGCAUGCAGGAAGUUGUGA